ACUUUUAUCAGUUGUAACUAUGACAGAAACCAAAGGAAAAAGUUUCCAUGAAAUGUUAGAAAAUAAAUUGUUAAGUUGUGGACUUAAUAUAAAAAACUGUAUUGGUAACUCUACUGAUGGGGCUUCGAAUAUGCAAGGUCAGUAUAAUGGGUUUUCUGCGUGGCUUACUAAAUCAUCACCAGGACAAGUACAUGUUUGGUGCUAUAGUCACGUUCUUAAUUUAGUCUUAAUAGACUCUACUAAGUCUGCAUUGCCUGCAGUAAAACUAUUUUCUUUACUUAAUGAAGUCGCUGUGUUUUUCAAAGAAUCUUAUAAAAGAAUGAAUGUUUGGAAAAAUACUGUUGGAGAAAAUAUUAAAAAAAAAUUGGUUUCUAUCGGAUUGACGCGGUGGUGGUCAAAAGAAAAAUCUUUACAAACUAUUUUUGGUGAAGAUAACCUUUAUGUGCAACUUAUAAUAUCAUUAGAUACAAUUCAAUCAUCCCCUGACUUUAAUCCUGAAAUUAAAGCAAAAGCUAGAAAUCUAAAAGAAGCAUUUAUGAGUUAUGAAUUAAUAUUAACAGCAUUGAUUUACAUUAAAAUUUUUAAAAUUGUGGGACCUUUAUCUAGAUAUCUACAAACCUCAGGAAUUGACUUGAUAAAAUCUCAAGAAUUGGUAAAUAAAACUUUACAUAAUUUAAAACAAAUUCAGAGAGGUAUGAAAGAUGUAAAAUCUGAAGCAGAUCAAUUCAUAAAUAUAAUUGAAGAUAACCAUAAAAUGGAUAUUUUAAUUGACAAAGAGUUCCCAAAAAUCAGAUGUAGGCACAAAAAAAAAAUGGCUGAUGAGAUGACAUCAGAUCAACCUAUACUUGAUGCUGAAGAAAAAUUCACAGUUGAAGUUCACAAUAUAAUUUUUGACAAAACAAUUUCUUGCAUGGAAGAAAGGUUCUCCUCCAAUAAAAAACUGUACUGUGAUUUAGCAUGUUUGUCACCAAAUAACUUUAAAGAUUUACAUGAUAAAGAAUUACCAUCUGAUACAUUACUUGAAUUGUCCAAAGUCUUGAAAAAAUUUGAUGACAAAUUGACUCAUGCUAAAUUGUUAGAUGAAUUAUUAAAUUUUUCAUCAUCCUGGGAUCAGUUAAAAAGAACUGUACCUGAAUACUAUGAAAAAAGUAGCGAAGAUGAUAUUGAAGAAGAAAUAAGUGAUAAACAUGGCACAAAUGUUGAAGAAGUACACUGCAAGUCUUGCAUGAAUUGUCCUCACUGUUGCUAUAAUGUACUUUUGAAGUAUAAUUUGUAUAGUAAUGCAUACCAUUUUUUGUUUCUUGCUUAUAAGUAUCUGCUUACACUUCCAUGUACACAGGUAGCAUGUGAAAGGUCGUUCUCUAAGCUAAAGAUAAUCAAAACACGAUUAAGAAAUUCAUUGAGCGAAGAAAAGUUAGAAGCAUUUAUGCUUAUGAAUGUGGAAAAAAGUAUAUUACAUAGUAUAGACUCAGAAGAAAUUAUUGACAUUAUAAAAAAUAGUAGUGAUUUCUUAAAUAAAAAACUAUCAUAUUAAUUAUUAAGUUUUGGCAAGUUCUACCUUAUUCAAUUUUUUAAUUUGUAUGAUAUGCAGGCGUGCUUCCACUGUUUAUCACAAUUGUUCAUAAUGUCAUAUGUUGAA